GGGCGUAGUUUUUCAAACGUUUAUUUCAAGUUUUUUUAUGAAGUUUAAAUUGAAAGGCACUCGCUGCCGCAGAAUGGCACCGGCAUGCGGCUCCAGGGCUGUUUUAAAUUGGAUGCGCCGCUCCGGACAGCUCAUGGCGAUAGCGGACGGCCACCGGAUUCGUUUCGCCCGAGUUGGCAGGUCCGAGUUGGGGCCACCCCGCAUUGGGGCGCACCGUUCAUUCUGCACGAAGACAACAAUCGGAUUCCGGCAGCAAAUGGACCACAAAGUACCGCCCAAGGAGUUCAAGUGGACGCCGGGCAACCUGAUCAACGAGCACUAUAAACUUGGUGAUAACGGCCAUGUCUGCAUGGUGCUCAAUCGCGAGAUCCAGGUGCCAGCGCACGUGGUCAGGUUGCUCUGGAAGAAUGCUGCCGUGCGAUGUGCUGUAGAUGGUGGAUCCAACCACUGGCGUGACUUUGUCGUGGAGCAGGCAAAGUCAAAGCGAUCCAAUAGCAAUGAGGCAUCACCACUGGAGCCACUCGACGUGAUAACAGGUGACUUUGACUCAAUAACAGAGGACACGGUGGACUUCUUCAAGACAACACCGAAAAUCCAUACACCCGACCAAGAUGCCACCGACUUCACCAAGGCCAUCACAGUGCUUCAGCCAGUGAUGAACCAGCGAAAGAUCCGAGACGUGGUGGUCUUCCAUGACACCUCUGGCAGAUUGGACCAUGUCAUGGCCAAUUUAAAUACGUUGUACAAAAUGCAGAAGGACAACUGCAAUGUGUUUCUUUUAAGUGGAGAUUCUGUUACGUGGCUCCUGCGUCCGGGAAAGCACACUAUCCAGGUGCCUCCCGACCUCGUCGCCACUCAGCGUUGGUGCUCUCUUAUGCCUGUAGGUGCCACGGCUCACAAUGUCACGACCACGGGCCUUAAGUGGAAUCUAUAUCACGCACAAAUGGAUUUCGGAGGAAUGGUUAGCACAUCGAAUACGUACGCCACGGAGUUUGUUCAGGUGGAGACGGAUUCCAAUCUAAUCUGGUCUAUGGGUGCCUAUGAUUUCGAGGAGAAGGUUCGGCAAACGCCUAAAAAAUAAGACGCUAAUUAGAGGUUUCUAAGUACUUAAGUUAGGAGUCACCAAUGACGUACAAUGUUAAGGGCCAAAGCUGGAUCCGUUUGUUUUUUUAUGAGGUUGUUGUUGUUGAACAAAAUGAUAGUUUGUGUAAAAAAAUUCUAGUGUAAGCUUAAAUUCUAAUAGUUCUUUAAGCAUUGCUUAGCGAUUUCACUUUUAUGGGAUAGUUAGUGGCUUGAGUAAAAUUAGAGAGUAAUCCAAAUCUGAAAGUAACUUUUACAAAAUAAAUUAAAUGUGUACAUUUUUCCCAA